GAAUGGCUCGAUUUAAUUUCAAACUUCUAGCUUUGUUAUUAGUCAUUUUGGCUACUGUUAUUUCUGCCGCGGAAAUCGAUGUUGAUGUUGGCAGUAAUGGUGAACUUGCUUUUAAUCCGUCAGAUGUUAGCGUAAAAGUGGGCGAUACGGUAAUUCUAUCGGACACACCUAACGGCUGCACAGAAACUACGACAAUACCAAAUCUUAUUAUUCUAAACCAAACCAAUACUGUUGGUGCGAGUGGAACAUUAACUAUCACUCAAGAUUUACCAUCAACAUUCGGAUUUUACUGUGAUGUACCAAGCCACUGUGAUGAAGGUAAUAUGUAUGGUAAAAUAACUGUAGGUUAA